GUGCCUGUGGCCGUCGACGAGAUGCUGUCAGCGCGGAGGUUCCAACUCUUCGGGACGGACGGGUCCGUCAUGGCGGAGCCGGAGUUUAUGAGUGAACUCCGCCCUGGGCGGAGGCUGGCGCGCUGGUACUCGGACGACACGUGCAGGCAUGAGCGCGUCGCUUUGGCGCCGGCUGUGCUGCUGGAUCCGAGCGCGCCGAUCUUGGAAGAGCUGCGCGGUCGGUUCUAUCGUUUCAAGGAGACGCUGGAGCCCCCCGAGCUGGUGGAGCAGAUCAAGCUGGCGGAGGCCGAGAGUUUCGCCAUCACCCGACGCCACCAGGAGGUGCCCGCCUCCAUCACGCUCUGGGGCGGUUCGGACGUGCAGUACGGGCCGCUGAUGGCGUCGGAGGGUGUGGAGCUGGUUCCGUUCGUCGAGGAGGGCGGUGUGAGUGCAGCUGCCGCGCCAGGGGCAGCACCGCUCCCGGUGCCUGACCUGCCGCAGGACACCACAUGGUUGAUCGUGGAUCCACGUCAUCCUGACUUCGUCCGUGAGCGCCAUCGGGGUCCAGGGGCCAUGUCGGCCGGUGAGUUUGCGAUGGCGUUAGACUCCCGCACGCAGCCCGUGCCAGUCAUGCGAGUGGGGCUGGCGGACGUGGGCUCUUUCCUGGACGUCGCUCGGUCUCUGAUCGCGAAGAUCGUGGAAGACGACGGCGCCCCUCCUGUGGGGGGCCUGGAGGAUAGGCUCCACGAGGCGUUCGACGGUGGCACGAAGACUCCUCCCGCUGCGGAGGAUGCUAGGACGCUGACGGUUGAUUGCGGCGAGCAUGGAGAACGCUACAAACAUUGGCGGGCAGUGUGUGCGGAGAUCUCCUACAGCUACUUUGGCGACUGGGAGAAGCAUCAUGAGGGGCCCGCCGCUAGCCUUGCCUUGUUCAAGAACAUCCAGAGGCAGGGCGGGGGCCGCGUCUUUGGCGUGACGUCUGGUGCCGCGAGGAGGGUGUGCCAGAUCAUCGAGGCCUACUCCGCUGGGGUCCCCGGCCGCGCGAACUGGAAAGGGGGUGGAGCACUUCGCGCCCGUGACUUCGGCCUCUUCAGCG